AUGACUACUGAAAGAAUGCCACAGACUUUAGAAAUUAUAACUGACCAACAGACUGAAGCAGUUGUUGAACAAACACAUCGUUUAAGUUCAAUAAUGCCUAUUGUUAUAAUGUCUUAUAUUGGCGUAUUAAUUCGUCUAGGUUUAGCGUUUCUUGGUAAUAAUCAAACACCAUUAAAUGCAGCAUUUUGGCCAAAUUUUGUUGGAUGUUUUAUAAUGGGUUUUAUUGUUGAACAAAAAUUACAUAUUAAACAUCAUUUUGCACAAUUAUAUAUGGGUUUAACUACUGGUUUAUGUGGUUCAAUAACUACAUUUUCUGGUCUAAUGUAUAAUUCAUGCGUAGCUUUAUUUGGUCCACAAAGUCAUUAUACAUAUCCUAUAUCGAAUUAUUUAUCUGUGAUAAUAUCUGCUUUUUCUGCAUCAUAUAUUGGAUUUAUAAUAGGACGUCAUUUGAGUUUAUUUAUUCUUCCACCAUCAUCACUGACAACAAAACGUGCUCAAUAUUUAAAUAAUUCUAUAUGUAUUUGGAUAUUUCCAAUAUUAACUUUAUUAAGUAUUCCAUUAUUAAUUCUUCUAGCUGUUCUAUUACCUACUGGCCAUUAUACAUACUUGAUUUAUUCAGUUAUUUUUGCUCCAUUCGGUUCAUUAACUCGAUAUGGAUUAUCGAUUAUUUUUAAUUUCAAUACAAAUUUUCCACUUGGAACAUUAUUAGCUAAUAUAAUCGGUUCAUAUAUUUAUUUCGGUAUGGUAACAAUAAAUGAAUAUGUACAUGCAUUAUCUCCUCUUGUUGAACAAAUAAUAAUGAGUAUUAUACAAGGUUAUUGUGGUUGUUUAACAACUGUUUCGACAUUUAUAUUAGAAGUAGACACAAUAAAAAAACGCAAAUAUAUUUAUCUUUAUUUUAUAAUGACUUUAUUACCCAUUCAAAUAGUUUAUAUUAUUUUGGGAGAUAUCUUUUCAUUACUUUGUUCUCCAUCAUAA